CCGCUAAUUUGCCUGGGGUUCAGCCAAAGGACGAUGUGGCUCCUGUCCCGUCACUUGUACAGGAAGGGAGGAAAGAAGCGAUAGGGGUGACAAAAUGCAAGGCGAGGCAACCCCUAAAGAUUCCCUUAUUGACAGGACCAUUAAGAUGAGAAAAGAAACAGAAGCUAGGAAAGUGGUUUUAGCCUGGGGCCUCCUAAAUGUAUCUAUGGCUGGAAUGAUAUAUACUGAAAUGACUGGAAAAUUGAUUAGUUCAUAUUAUAAUGUGACAUACUGGCCCCUUUGGUAUAUUGAGCUUGCCCUUGCAUCUCUCUUCAGCCUUAAUGCCUUGUUUGAUUUUUGGAGAUAUUUCAAAUAUACUGUGGCACCGACAAGUCUCAUUGUUAGCCCCGGACAACAAACACUUUUAGGGAUGAAAACAACUGUUGUGCAGACUACUCCUCCACGUGAUCUAACAGCCACCCAGAUCCCUCCCUCUCCACCUUCCCCUUCGAUUCAGGGACAGAGUGUAUUGAGUUAUAGCCCAUCUCGCUCGCCAAGUGCUAGUCCCAAGUUCACCACCAGCUGUAUGACUGGAUACAGCCCUCAGCUGCAAAGCAUCUCCUCAGGUGGCAGUAGUUCUUACAGCUCUGGAGUGACCUACUCACCAGUCAGUGGUUAUAAUAAGUUGGCAAGCUUUAGCUCCUCUCCUCCUUCUUCAUACCCUACCACUGUUGGCCCAGUGGAGAGCAGUGGCUUGAGAUCCCGCUACCGUUCUUCACCCACUGUCUAUAACUCACCUACUGGUAAGGAGGACUACAUGACAGACCUGCGCACUCUGGACACUUUCCUCCGAAGUGAAGAAGAGAAACAGCACAGAGUUAAUCUGGGAAGCCCAGAUUCUACCUCUCCUUCCAACAGCCCUACUUUUUGGAACUACAAUCGUUCUAUGGGAGAUUAUGCACAGACUUUAAAGAAGUUUCAGUAUCAACUUGCCUGUCGGUCUCAGGCCCCCUCUGCUAACAAAGAUGAAGCUGAUCUCAGUUCUAAGCAAGCUGCGGAAGAGGUUUGGGCAAGAGUGACAAUGAACAGACAACUUCUUGAUCAUAUGGAUUCAUGGACAGCUAAGUUUAGAAAUUGGAUCAAUGAGACAAUAUUAGUGCCGCUUGUACAAGAGAUUGAGUCUGUCAGCACCCAGAUGAGACGAAUGGGUUGUCCAGAGCUGCAGAUAGGAGAGGCUAGUAUUACUAGCUUGAAACAAGCUGCCCUCGUCAAAGCCCCUCUCAUUCCGACUCUGAAUGCAAUUGUGCAGUAUCUAGACCUCACACCGAAUCAGGAGUAUUUGUUUGAAAGGAUCAAAGAACUUUCUCAAGGAGGCUGCAUGAGCUCAUUUCGAUGGAACAGAGGUGGAGACUUCAAAGGACGGAAGUGGGAUACUGACCUACCCACCGAUUCUGCUAUCAUCAUGCAUGUAUUUUGCACCUACCUCGAUUCCAGAUUACCUCCACACCCUAAGUACCCUGAUGGAAAAACAUUUACUUCUCAGCAUUUUGUGCAGACACCCAAUAAGCCAGAUGUUACAAAUGAGAAUGUUUUUUGCAUUUAUCAGAGUGCUAUCAACCCCCCACAUUAUGAGCUCAUCUACCAGCGUCAUGUGUACAAUCUUCCAAAGGGCAGAAAUAAUAUGUUUCAUACAUUAUUAAUGUUCCUCUAUAUUAUAAAGACAAAAGAGUCAGGAAUGCUUGGGAGAGUUAAUCUUGGUCUGUCUGGUGUAAAUAUUUUAUGGAUUUUUGGCGAGUAAUGGAUCAUUUAAUUCCAAAUGUUGGGGCUUUUAUUAAACCAGAAGAAGUUGGAUCUAAGCAUCUCUUAGCCACUGUCUCUUCUGAAAUAAGCUACAUAUGUAUGUGAGAGAUUUAACAGAAAAUGAGCUAGUAUACCAUUUUCUUGUGAAAAUAUGUCCUGUAUCUUCUGCUCCAAGGAAUGUGUAUCUUUCAAAAAUUUGAGUUGAUAAAAAGUCACAACACUGAACUGUUUUUUUAAUGCGAAAUUUGCGAUUUCUCUUGGUUAAAUAAAUGUAAUAGCUUUUUUCAUUGUAACCUCCAAAUAAGCAUUAUCCACCUGAUUCUUCCACUCAAAAAUGGAUUUUAGUUGUGUUAUUUAGCAGUGCACGUACUUAAAAGAAAACGUGCUGAUCUUAUCUCUGUAAUCCUCCAGUAAUCUGCAAAUCAAUCUAAAGCCUGUAUUUAAACAAAUGAAAUUAAUUUUUAAGUAAUGUUUUUAUGUUUUGUUUUGUUUUGUUUUGUUU